UGACGUUUGUGAUUAGUGACCGGGUGUCAAAAACAGCUGACUCAAAGCAGUUCAGCUGCUGACGCCACGUUGUAUUUUGUAGUUCGGUUAGGUGUUUCGGUGAUGUUGCUGUUGGAACAAUUAAAAUAGAGUUUAAUCGAGUUAAAAGAAUAACUGAUCAAGAUGAAAGUCAAGGAGUUGGAUCGAACAGUAACUUUAGCAUGGUCACCUAAAGAACAACAUCCUGUACUUCUAGCUACAGGCACCGCCGCUCAACAACUUGAUGCCUCUUUCAGUACUUCCGCAUCAUUGGAAUUAUAUGGACUGAACCUAUCAGAGCCUGGCCUCGAUUUGGAAUUGAAAGCCACUACAGCAAGUCAAGCUAGGUUCCAUCGGAUAGUGUGGGGUGGCUGGAACUGGCGAGGUGAUGGCGGGGCAGGGGGUGUGAUCGUGGGAGGCUGCGAUGGAGGCCGACUGCAGAUCUACAAUGCGGCCAAACUGCUCGCUGGCGAGGAAUCCCUGCUGGCCGUGCGAGACACGCACACAGGCCCCGUCAGAGGGCUCGAUUUCAAUUCAUAUCAGACGAAUUUGCUAGCUUCCGGAGCAUCCGAAAGUGAAAUAUUUAUUUGGGACUUGAAUAAUACUAACACACCUAUGACACCUGGUGCUAAAUCACAACCCAAUGAUGACGUUCUGUGGCUUGCAUGGAACAAACAAGUGCAACAUAUACUCGCUUCAGCAUUUGCCACCCGGUGCGUGGUCUGGGAUCUUCGCAAAAAUGAACCGAUUAUGAAGUUGAGCGACAGCAAUUCAAGAGUACGCUGGAAAGUUCUGGAAUGGCACCCAGACAUCGCGACGCAACUGUGCCUGGCAUCGGAGGAUGACUCCAACCCAGUCGUUCAGCUGUGGGAUCUGCGAUUUGCCAGCACACCAAUCAAGACCAUGGAGAGGCAUACUAAGGGAGUACUUUCAUUAGCCUGGUGUCCGAAGGAUCCCGACCUUCUGAUGAGCUCUGGCAAAGACAGUACGAUAUACUGUUGGAAUCCGAAUACUAAUGACCCAGGAGGGGAAGUAGUUUGUGAGAUGAUGACGACUUAUCAAUGGAAUUUCGAAGUGGCCUGGUGUCCUAGGAAUCCCUCUCUGAUAGCCAGCUGCAGCUUUGAUGGUCACGCUAGUAUCUACUCGUUAACUGGAGGACAACAGCAUGUCCAAACUUCAAAAAAGAUAGCAGAUUCUUUUCCUGGAAUGGAGUAUGCCGAAAGCCCGCCAGUUCACACCCAAAUGCAUAAUCAAAUGCAGUCCGCUGCUGAAUUGCGCAAAGCACCCAAAUGGUUGAAGAAAACCAGUGGCGUAUCAUUUGGGUUUGGUGGAAAGCUGGUGACUUUCAGUAGUGAUGCACAUAGUGUAGUGAUCAGCCAAGUGAUCAGUGAGCCUUGGAUGGUGGAGCGGUCAUCCGAGCUGCAGUCGGCUCUCACUACAGGCGACUAUGGCUCGAUUUGUUCCAAACGAGAUGAUCCGAUCUGGCCUUACAUAUCAGCCACUUUGGAGCCAUGUCCCAAAGCAGCCAUGAAACGGCUUCUGGGAUUCCAGCCUCCUCAAAAGUUUAAUAAAUUUGAUGGAGAGCCAGUAAGCUGUGGACUGCAAGGCGAUAUGGAUAGGAUCACUGAUGGUAUUGGUAGUUUGAAUCAGGAUCCCAACUCAGAGAAUUUCCUUUCAAACUCCGUUCUCAAUCUGGACGGUAAUUUGGGAAAUAGUUUUGCUGUGAAAAAGUCGUUUACUCUUCCAACUAGUGAUGAUGUCGAUGGCUCAAUCUGCAAAGCGCUGCUGGUCGGUAGCAUAGACGUGGCAGUCGACUUGUGUUUGCAAGAGAAUAGAAUGGCAGAUGCUCUCGUGCUUGCCAUGACUGCUGGAACAGACUUGCUUUUGAAAACGCAAGCUCGCUAUUUCCAGCAAAGCAAAGGACAACUUUGUGAGCUUAUUGGUGCUGUAGUGACUGAAGAUUGGACGCAAGUGGUUACAAACUGUAAUCUGGACAGCUGGAAAGAAGCAUUAGCAGCGGUGCUGACUCACAGCAAAAACGAACAACUACCCGGUCUAUGCGAAACUCUUGGCAAUCGGCUUGAAAAUGAGGGUGGUGAGGAGAAACUUGUGAGUGCAGAAAUAUGCUACAUCGCUGCAAACAAUCUAUCACGACUGAUUAAACUAAGAACUAGGAAAAAUGUCCAUCUCCCCACUGAUAAACUGCAGGAGCUGGUUGAAAUGAUAGUGGUGAUGCAGCGUGGCGUCAGUAGCGACGACACUGGAGCUGCCGGUCUCCUCACUCAUUAUGCCGAAUUGUUGGCUUCACAGGGCGACCUCUCCACUGCUCUCAAUUAUGUCCACGGUUCUCAUUUGGAAAAGCCAGCUGAGCUGUACGACAGAUUAGCGUGUGCUCUUGGACAGAAGACCAUUUAUGCUCAGAAUCAAUCGUCAAGUUAUCCUUAUCAACAGCAAAACCAGCUUCCCGGCUACGGUUUGCAACAGCAGACAUCAAGAAUACGGCGCUACAGCAACCAGUCGACGAGCUCGUGGUCGGGACAGCCGAACACGCCGCUGCUCAAUCAGGCCAAGCCUCAGCCAGCGGCUGUCAGUUCGCAGCAGCCACCCUUGUUCAAUAUGCAACAACGCAAUACGGCCCCUGCUGCCCCCGUCGUUCAGCCGCCGUCACUCUACAACCCGGCCGCUUACGACCAGAUGGCGCCGCCUCCACUCAUUCCAGCCGCCGCCUCCACUGAUCCCUACUCGCCGCAGCAGCCCUCUCUCUUCACUCCCCAGCUGCAGCAAGCCGCGCCGCCCCCGAUGCCUCCCACUGGACCGCCGCCCACCGUCAGAAACAGUCCAAGUCCGGCGCCCAGUCUUGGAAGAAGUAAAUAUAUUCCGGAUCCUUCUGUUAGCGGUAAUGCAAUGGGAAUGUCAUACAGGAAUCAGAUGUCAUCGGCUCCUGUUAUGCAUCCCUCACAGCCCAAUCCAGGCCUUCCCGACCAACAGCAACCACAGCCGCCUUACAAUAAUGCUGUUCAAAAUUUCCGAAAUCAGUCUUACAUCCCACAACAAAGUGGACCAGCGGGCUGGAAUGACCCGCCUGCUUUCACGGGACCUCCAAAACCCAAGCUACCGUAUGUUCCAUUUAUUGCUUUGGAACACGAAAAUAUGUCUGCUGUUCAUGGUGGAAAUCGAUGUUGGAGACGUCAGCAAAAAGUGGAGGUUGUUCCUCAAGCUCCGAUAACUCAUCCACUGUUUGGAGCUGCUCCUCAACAACCUAUCAAUCACUAUCAACAGUCACAGAUGGGCAUGAUGAACGGCAACUACAACGAUCAGAUGUCGGCAGCUGCUCCACCUCCCGUUCAAAUGGCUCCCGUUCAGCAACCACAGCAGCAGCAGCAGCAGCAGCAGCAGCAGUAUGGUGGAGUGGUGGCGCCUCCCUACGUUCACCAAGCUGCCCAGGCGGCCAUCGGCAGCAGCCAAGCUCCGGCACCCGUUGCCAAGGCAGUGGAGCCACCCAAGCCGAAGCCACCCAUACCCGACGAACAUCGCCAACUGCAGUCUGUGUUCGACGAGCUCAGGAACCAGUGCUCCAGCGCUGCUAAUAAUCCGCAAUCUAAAAGGAAGCUAGAAGAAGUUGCUAGAAAACUUGAAAUGCUGUAUGACGCGCUUCGUGAUUCCAAAUUGUCCACUGGAACUCUGUCAGGUCUGCAUGAACUAGCAAAGCUAGUCGAUGCGGGCGAUUACGCGGGGGGCCUCGGUCUGCACACGCAGCUCAUCUCUGGGCCCGACUUCUCACAGAUUGCAUCCUUCAUGCCAGGCCUCAAGGUCCUCCUGCAGUCAGCGCUGCAACUCGGAGUCUACUUGCAUUGAUUUCGACAACUGUGACUGGCACUAUCUUAUUAACUUAUUGAACCCGUGAAUAAGAACAUUCAAUAGAUUGACUCAACACUGUACUGAUACAAGUUGACUCAACACGUAUAUUGAUUAAACGCUGCGUGAAACAGUUUUGUACUACUCACUCUGUAAAUAGAUAUUAAUCAUUAGUUAGGUGAAAGAAUCUUCAUAUUUUUAUGAUAUAUACUGGCUUGAUUUGUUGUUUUAUUUUGAGUUUGUUUUUGGUGUGCCCUAGUUUAAUUUGGCCUCAUUUUAUUAGAAAACUAUCAGUAAUUGUCGAAUGUUUUACCAAAUGUUUCAUUACUCAUCUGAGAGGAUCUGCUAGUCCCUGAUUCGCCCUUUCUUACAAAAGAAGCAUUAAUAACUCGUAUUUAUUCAAAUUACACAUCUAUUUUUAAUAACCCAUUCAAUCGAUAUCAUGUAUGUCAAUUAUUUUUCUUUUCCUAAUGGAUGUGAUAAUCCAAACUACUGCUUCAACAAUUUAAACAAUAAUAGCUUUCCUCUAUCACAUCCCAACCAGAAGCAUUUAAUCAGCAUUGAUUGAACUUGUCAUACGAUUUGAUAUUUAUUAAUUUUGACAUGUACUGUUUUGCCUGAUCAAUCUUAUUAGUCCUUAAAAAUAAUAAUUAGCUUAUUAGAUUAGCUUGGUAUGUUUGAUUGCCGCAUUUGAGCAUAGUGAAGCAAGAUCUAGGCUUUUUAGGGGUAGUUAAUUUUAGAAAUAUUGAUUUAAUGAUGUGAAAUUUCUCAUAAUGCAUAUUUCAUUUUUGCUGGUUUUAAUUUCAAGGAAGUUUUUUCAUUUACUCUUCGAGGUUUUCAAAAAUGAAAAUUGCUCCUCUUAAAAGAAUAUUCUUUAUGUAGCUCAAGUAUUUCUUUUUUUAAUGUUCCUGUUCAAUUGACAUUCAAAUAUUAUCACUCAUUUCCACUGUGGUUGACCCUGCGAACAAUAAUCCGUCAGCAUUGUUAUAAUAAUUCAUCAAAAUACUGUUUUUGCUAUCAUAUUUUAUGAAACAAUUAAUGAAUUUUCCUCACCAACGAAUAAUAUAAAUGAUAUGUAUGAUCUUAUUGAAUUAUUGCACUGUAUUAUUGACUGUAAUAAUCCGUAUUGAAGCAUAAAUGCAUGCGUUAUUAAGCUCCAAUAAUUUAUUAAUAUAUAUUUCAAUGUGAAAAUAUCCUUUUAUAAACGUUCACAUUUUAAUUGUAAAUAUAAGUUGUGAUUUGUAAAAGGUCUAUUGUCAAAUUCAUUCUUAUGUAUCACUUGUACUAAGUUAUGUUCUCAUAUUAUUUUAUCAUUUGAAUUAUAAUAAUAUUAUUGAAUUGUUAAUAAAAAUUAAAUAUUUUACGAA